CUUUAUGUCAACAAUACAUGUAGUGAUUUCAAGUCGGUGAUACAGACUUUGCAUGGAUAUUUCCGAGUAACCCUUGAACGCAUCAGGAGGCAGUGGAAGACGUACCUAGCUGUUUGGUUACUGUAGCUCGUCCAGCUGACUUUAACCUCUAACUAUGCCUGGCAAAUGUAAGUUCCAGGACUCCUGGCUCUCGAAGGGGAUCUACAAGGAGUGGCUGGUUAAGGAAGUGCAGGACAUUCACUUCGCCAGGUGUAAAGCCUGUUGUAAAUCCAUCAAACUUCAGACCAUGGGCGAGGCUGCUCUCACCAGCCAUGCAGGAGGAGCUAGUCACAAAGCAGCAGUCCGCAAGCUAGUGGAAGGAGGCAAUGUGAUGCUGAUAAAUGCUGCUGGGCAGAUAAAUGGCAGCGUGAAGCGGACUGAGGACAGCAAGGAACAAGUGGCCAUCUGCGUCCAGCGUGAUGCCUUGGACAGAGUACCAGGGAGCGACUGGUCCAAUCUGCACCACAGCCCCACUACAAACUCUACCUCCCACAAUGCAGAGCUACAGGAUGUGACGUUUCCUGCUGCCUACUUCACAGUACCAGGCACCUCCCGGCUCAUCAACCAGCGUCUGCACCCGGCCGUCAGCGAAGCGGAGGAAGCGACCCGCCACUCGGCUCAGCACGACUCGGCGGACCUGUCGAGGCUGGAGCACCAGCAGAGGACAGACGCUCUGGAGCACCAGCAGAGGACAGACGCUCUGGAGCACCAGCAGAGGACAGACGCUCUGGAGCAGCAGCAGCAGAUGAAGAUCCUGGAGUGGGAGAACAGGAUGAAGGUGCUGGCGUGGGAGCAGGAGCUGGUGAGGGAGAAGAGGAGAGCGGCGCGGCAGAAGGAGAAGGCCUUCAGGAUGAAGAAGGCGUACUACAAAGCCAAGCUAAAGAAGAUGGGCGAGGACGUGCCGCCAUCUUCCUCCAGCAGCUGCGAUGAAGAGGAGAAAACAUCUGAUCUGACAGGAUGAACUGUUUUUAAUUAGCUCUUGUAUUCUUCUGUCUAUAUGCCAUGGGACUGUUCCUAUUUUUAUACAUUGUUUUGUAUUUUAAUGAACUCUCAGUUGCUUCAAAAUCAGCUGUUCUUACACAAAGAUGGAAAAUCACUUUUUCUGCUACAUGAGUAAGAUUUCUUUUCUUCUUUUGAGGAAGGGUGCAGUUUUGAGUAGUACUACUUGAGCAGAAGUACUGAUAUACUUCAACGCACUGACUACUCAAAAGUACAAAGGUAGCUCUUUUGAAGACUAGUAUCAGUUACAUCAUUCCAUAUGGUCGAAGUACGAGACCACCGCCUCCUCUGUCUACGUAAGCUUUCUCAAAAGAUAUUCAAAGUAAAGUAAACUAGUUGAGUACAACGCUUCACUCAAGAUGUGGUACUAAUAGACCUAUAGAAGUACACGGAAAUGCUAUGAAACAUGAAUACUUGAUGCACAUCUUGUAGAAAAGCCUCUGAAUUGUUUAAAACAACAAUCCUGUUUAGUUUUUAUCCGUCAUCUGUCACAGUGUGUCUUCAGUAUUCAAAAUGAAAUGAGAUAUUCAUAGAUGUUGAAGGUUCAUAGAGUCUGUAAAGGUCAUAUUCUAGGGAGGACGUCAUUUUAAUGAAUGUAUUGACAUCUAAUCACUGCAGAUGUAGAAAUGAAAUGACAUUCCUAAAUGGGACAAUCUUUUAUCAUGGUUUUACUUGCAUAGCUUCUUCUGCAUGUUAACAUGAGUAUGUGUGCUUAAACUUUAUAGUCUUUGCUUUGUAAAUAAAUUUGCAUUUGGACACAAAGUUUGAGUUGACUACGGCCAGGUGACAAAUCAAAGAAAGAGACUGAAUAAAUGAGUAGAGAAACACUA